GUAAUCCCAGCUACUCCGGAGGCUGAGGCAGGAGAAUUGCUUGAUCGGGAGGAAGAGGUUUCAUUGAGCUGAGAUCUCACUACUGUACAUUCUAGCCUGUGUGACAGAGCGAGACUCCAUCUCAAAAAAAAAAAAAAAAAAAAAAAGCUAGUGAUUCCAUAUCUUCAAAUCAAAUUUCAGUGGAGUGUUUACCGGGCAAGGAAGGCAGGGGGGUCAGCUUGCUGACAGCCUCAACCUGCCAGCCCUCAGCCAGCACAUUUGUGAUCACCUGGUCACACACCUGGGCAGGAGGCUGCCCCUCCUCCCUGUUUGAGGAAGCAGGAAAAGGUACCCGUGAGAGACAGCCAGCAGUUCUGUGGAGCGGCGGUGGCUGGCUAGGAUGGGCUCUCUCUGGGGUCUGGCUCUGCCCCUUUUCUUCUUCUGCUGGGAGAUUGGGGUCUCUGGGAGCUCUGCAGGCCCCAGCACCCGCAGAGCAGACACUGCGAUGACAACAGACAACACAGAAGUGCCUGCUAUGACUCCAGCACCAGGCCAUGCCACUCUGGAAACUCAAACGCUGAGCGCUGAGACCUCUUCUAAGGCCUCAACCCCAGCCAGCCCCAUUCCAGAAGCAGAGACCAGAGGAGCCAAGAGAAUUUCCCCUGCAAAAGAGACCAGGACUUUCACAAAAGCACCUCCCGACUUCAGGGUGCUGAUCGCCACCUCUGUGGAGACAUCAGCCACCAGUGGCAGCCCCAAGGGAGCUGGAAUGACCACAGUUCAGACUGUCACAGGCAGUGAUCCAGAGGAAGCCAUCUUUGACACCCUUUGCACCGAUGACAGCUCUGAAGAGGCAAAGACACUCACAGUGGACAUAUUGACAUUGGCUCACACUUCCACAGAAGCUAAGGUGCUGUCCUCAGAGAGCAGCGCCUCUUCCGACAGCCCCCAUCCAGUCAUCACCCCCUCACUGGCCUCAGAGAGCAGCACCUCUUCUGACAGCCCCCAUCCAGUCAUCACCCCGUCAUGGGCCUCAGAGAGCAGUGCCUCUUCCGACAGCCCCCAUCCAGUCAUCACCCCCUCACUGGCCUCAGAGAGCAGCACCUCUUCUGACAGCCCCCAUCCAGUCAUCACCCCGUCAUGGGCCUCAGAGAGCAGCGCCUCUUCCGAUGGCCCCCAUCCAGUCAUCACCCCGUCACUGGCCUCAGACAGCAGCGCCUCUUCUGACAGCCCCCAUCCAGUCAUCACCCCGUCACGGGCCUCAGACAGCAGCGCCUCUUCUGAGAGCCCCCAUCCAGUCAUCACCCCGUCAUGGGCCUCAGAGAGCAGCGCCUCUUCCGACAGCCCCCAUCCAGUCAUCACCCCCUCAUGGUCCCCGGGAUCUGACAUCACUCUCCUCACUGAAGCCCUGGUGACCGUCACCCACAUCGAGGUUAUCAAUUGCAGCAUCACAGAAAUAGAAACACUGACUUCCAGCAUCCCUGGGGCCUCAGACAGAGAUCACGUCCCCAUGGAAGGGGUGAAGGCCUCGUCCACCUCCGAUCCACCAGCUCUGCCUGACUCCACUGAUGCAAAACCACAUAUCACUGAGGCCACAGCCUCUGCCGAGACCCUGUCCACAGCCGGCACCACAGAGUCAGCCGCACCUGGUGCCACAGUUGGGACCCCACUCCCCACCAACAGCACCACAGAAAGCGAAGUGACAGCACCCAGGGCCACGACCCUCAGUGGAGCUCUGGCCACAGUUAGUGGGAAUCCCCUGGAAGAAACCUCAGCCCUCUCUGUUGAGACACCAAGUUACGUCAAAGUCUCAGGAGCAGCUCCGGUCUCCAUAGAGGCUGGGUCAGCAGUGGGCAAAACUACUUCCUUUGCUGGGAGCUCUGCUUCCUCCUACAGCCCCUCGGAAGCCGCCCUCAAGAAUUUCACCCCUUCAGAGACACCGACCACGGACAUCACAACCCAGGGGCCCUUCCCCACCAGCAGGGACCCUCUUCCUUCUGUCCCUCCGACUACAACCGACAGCAGCCAAGGGACGAACAGCACCUUAGCCAAGACCACAACCUCAGCAAAGACCCCCAUGAAGCCCCCAACAGCCACACCCACCACUGCUCGGACGAGGCCAACCACAGACGUGAGUGCAGGUGAAAAUUGAGGUUUCCUCCUCCUGAGGCUGAGUGUGGCUUCCCUGGAAGACCUCACUGACCCCAGAGUGGCAGAAAGGCUGAUGCAGCAGCUCCACCAGGAACUCCACGCCCAUGCGCCUCACUUCCAGGUCUCCUUACUGCACGUCAGGAGAGGCUAACAGACAUCAGCUGCAGCCAGGCAUGUCCCGUACGCCAAAAGAGAGUGCUGCCCCUGGCCUGGGCACCCACCGACAGACUGCAGCUGCGUUACUGUGCUGAGAGGUACCCAGAAGGUUCCCAUGAAGGGCAGCAGGUCCAAGCCCCUGACCCCAGAUGUGGCAACAGGACCCUUGCUCAUGUCCACCGGAGUGUAUGUGUGGGGAGGGGCUUCACCUGUUCCCAGAGGUGUCCUUGGACUCACUUUGGCACAUGUUCUGUGUUUCAGUAAAGAGAGACCUGGUCACCCA